AUGGUGGGUGAGAAUGGCACAGAGGUGACUGAGUUUAUUCUGUUGGGGUUCUCAGGUUUCCACUCCCUCCGAGGACCUCUGUUUUGGGGGGUGCUCUGCAUCUACCUGGUCACCUUGCUGGGCAACUCCCUGAUCGUCGUCCUCACACUGGCUGACCCUGCGCUCCGCUCCCCCAUGUACUUCUUCCUUCGCCACUUCUCCCUGGUGGAGAUCCUCUACACCAGCACCAUCGCGCCCAGGAUGCUGGUCGACCUCCUGUCCCCCCGCCCCACCAUCCCACUCUUCAGCUGCUUCAUCCAGAUGUAUUUCUUUUCCUGCUUUGGGGUCGCUGAGUGCUGCCUGCUCACUGCCAUGGCCUAUGACCGCUAUGCUGCCAUCUGCCGGCCACUGCAUUACACCGCCCUGAUGAAGCAGGGGGCGUGUACCAGCAUGGUGGGGGCCUCUUACCUCAUGGGCGUCAUCACGGGUACCACUCACGCCAUCUGCAUCUUCACCUUGUCCUUCCACGGUGCCAACAUCAUCCACCACUACAUGUGUGAUGUCAUGCCUGUGCUGAGACUGGCUACCGUGAGCACCUUCAGGGGUGAAGUUGGAAACCUCGCCGUCACCAUAUCCUUUGUCCUCACGCCUUUUUUGCUGAUCAUGGCCUCCUACGCCUGCAUUCUUGUCACCAUCCUUGGGGUUGCAACACCCCAGGGACGUGGAAAGCUCUUCUCUACCUGCUCCUCCCACCUUUUUGUCGUCAUUCUCUUUUUUGGGCCUGCGACUGUAGCUUACCUGAGGCCUGAGGCAGGCUCCUCUCCAGACACGGAUCAGGUCAUUGGCAUCUUCUACACAGUUGUCACCCCCAUGUUCAACCCUUUUGUCUACACCCUGAGGAACAAGGAGGUCACAGGGGCCAUGAGGAGGCUCAUGACUAGGUACCUCUGGAGCCCUUGA